CUUCUGUCCGUUAUCCAAUCACGUUUUUCCCGGAAGUCGGGUUUUAUCGGAUGAUGCGUUAUGUCCUUGUUAGCUUAAUUUUGGGGAUUAAAAACAAAUUUCUAGUUUGGUGGUGAUCGCGGCCCUACUAAUUACUGGUUUGGCAAUCUAAGAAUAUUAGUAAAUUAUGCCUUAUCAUAAGUAUCCCCCCAAAAUCUGGGAGGCCCUGAAAAUGAAGCAGGGCAUCUACACUCGCCUUCCCAAACAUUACCUCAAGUCCCUGGAAACAAAGGAGCCAACUCCUGUUCACUGGAGGCCCCUGGGGGUCAAGUACCGAGCCAACCCAAAGACUGGACUGAAAGAGCGAGUGCAGGACAUCCCAAUCCCCCUGCACUACCCUCCAGAGUCCCAGGACGGCCUGUGGGGUGGAGAGGGAUGGAUAUCUGGCUACAGAUACGCCAAAAAUGACAAAAUGUCCACACGUCUGAUCAAAAUCUGGAAACCACAGCUGUUUAAAAGAGAACUCUACAGCGAAAUCCUUGAUCACAAUUUCACCAUCACAGUCACAGCUCGCACUCUGAACCUGAUCGAUGCAGCCUUUGGUUUUGACUUCUAUAUUCUGACCACACCAAAGGAAGACCUGAACUCUAAACUAGGGAUGGACCUGAAGAGGGCAAUGCUGCUUCGCCUGGCACGCAGAAACUCAGACCUUUACCCCAAUGAUCCGGUCAAAAGAGACAAAGUCUACAGCAAGUACAAGCAGUUUGAGAUCCCUGAGGAAGAGGCAGAGUGGGUGGGUCUGACUCUGGAUGAGGCUGUGGAGAAACAGAGGCAACUGGAGCACAAGGAGCCCGAACCUCACUUUAAGGCCUUUGUGGAGAAACUUGUGCAGGAACUGGAAAUGAAGAAACUUUUAGAGCCACAUGUCACAGAGAAGCAGUAACAUCUGAUCAGCACAGAGACUGAGAUGUGAAGUAGGUUGAAGACACUUCAGAUGGUGGUGGGACCUUAAGUCACGAUAAUUCAGUAGUGAACACACAAUGGAGAAGAAUUCCUGCAGUUUCUACUUUUGUUUUGAUCCUAAAGCUACCCUGAAGUGGAAGAUUGACAAAUGACAGUCGGGUUGGAGUCAUUUUUAUUUAUUUCAUCUGUUUGUUUUUUAUUAUACUUAAAGAAUUUUCUUGAGUCAUUUAAAACUUAAAAAUGCCUCCGAUUUGUCAAUAACUACCUAAUCCAAAAAUAAAAUACAAUUAUUUCCCAA